GAGGAUUGAAACUAUUACUCACAGGCACUUUUUAUUUGGUACAUAACUCUCUUCUGUCCCAUUUUUUGAACUUCUUUUCUUGAGAAGAACUCAUCUUACAUUUCACAUUAAACGGAUUUACAUAUACGAAUUCAAGAUGUGUGGUAUUUUUGCUUGUCAUUGUCACCCAGAUGUUAAGGCCUUUAAGCCUACGGCCUUGCGAAUGGCGAAGCAAGUUCGUCACCGUGGACCAGACUGGAGUGGAAACGUCAUUUCCAACAACACAAUUCUUGCGCAUGAGCGUUUGAGUAUCGUUGGCGUUGAAAGUGGAGCGCAACCAAUUACCAACGCAGACGAUACCCUCGUUCUCGCAGUCAAUGGCGAAAUUUAUAACCACAGAGUCAUCCGCAAGGGACUCAAGAACCAAUACCACUUCAAGACACAUUCCGAUUGCGAAGUCAUAAUACCACUGUACAUGGAACAUGACAUCGAUGCGCCGAAACAUUUGGACGGAAUGUUCUCAUUUGUUUUAUACGACAAAAAGCAAGACCGCACAAUUGCUGCACGCGAUCCCAUUGGCAUUACCAGUUUUUACCAAGGAUGGUCGAGCAAGACACCAGGAGCCGUAUACUUUGCAUCUGAACUGAAAUGUUUGCACCCUGUCUGCGACAAGAUUAUUGCUUUCCCUCCAGGACAUAUUUAUGACUCAAAAACCGACAAGACAACAAGGUAUUUCGAGCCAUCUUGGUGGGACCCAAAGAACGUUCCAUCAACCCCAGUUGAUUACAAGCUUUUGAGAGAAACAUUUGAGAUGUCUGUUCGUAAGCGUCUCAUGGCUGAAGUUCCUUACGGAGUUUUGUUGUCUGGAGGUCUCGACUCGAGUUUGGUGGCUGCCAUCGCUCAAAGAGAGUCUCUACGCCUGAGAGCCGCCACGCUAGCUGCAAUUGAGAGCGGAAGCGGAACUGCGACACCAACCGCUAACGAGGAUCAAGGAGAAGGACUUGUUGGUAUUGAUGACGAUAACAAAUUGUCUACUCUCACCUACCUUCCUCAGCUUAACUCCUUCUCCAUUGGUCUACCAAACUCCCCUGAUACCAAGGCUGCAAAAGAAGUUGCUAAGUUCCUCGGUACCAAGCAUCAUGAUAUGACUUUCACCAUUGAUGAUGGUUUGAACGCGCUUUCUGAUGUUAUUUACCACUUGGAAACAUAUGAUGUAACAACUAUCCGUGCAUCUACUCCUAUGUUCCUUCUCUCGAGAAAGAUCAAGGCUAUGGGUGUCAAGAUGGUAUUGAGUGGAGAAGGUAGUGACGAGAUCUUUGGAGGUUACCUAUACUUCCACGCUGCACCAGAUAAGGCAGCUCUUCAUGAAGAGACCGUCCGCAGAAUCAAAAACUUGCAUUUAUCUGACUGCUUGAGAGCCAACAAGUCGACUUCCGCUUGGGGAUUGGAAGCCCGUGUGCCUUUCCUCGACAAGGAAUUCCUUGAAGUAUCCAUGAACAUCGACCCACAAGAGAAGAUGAUCACCAAGGAUCGCCUUGAGAAAUACAUUCUCCGAAAGGCUUUUGACACAUCAGAUGAUCCAAGUGAGAAACCAUACCUCCCACAUCACAUUCUUUACAGACAGAAGGAGCAAUUCAGUGAUGGUGUUGGUUAUGGAUGGAUCGAUGCUCUGAAGGAUAACGCUGAGGCCCACGUUACCGAUGAGAUGAUGAAGAACCCCAAGCCUGAGUGGGGAUCCGAUAUUCCAGAUACCAAGGAAGCUUACUGGUACCGAACAAUGUUCGACGAGCACUUCCCACCAUCUUGUGCAGAGAGUGUCAUGAGAUGGACUCCAACUUGGUCCAAACAAACCGACCCCAGUGGAAGAGCUAUUGCCAUCCACAACGAAAAGUAUGACGAGUAAUUGUAGCGCGAAGGUUUUGCUUCUCAGAAUGUCGUAUCUAUUGGGAGGUUACAAAAAUGAUAACCACUUAUUUUUGAGGAUCUUUCGGACUCCAGAUUUGGGCUACCAAUAAAGUGGAAAGAUUGUGGAGUUGGAGAGAAGGAUGAAACCGUUGAUAGAUACCUACCUAGUAGAUAGUUGAAUCCCCACGAAAUUCCAUCUUAUGCACAAUUAACGGUUUGAGUCUGUGCUGGGAAUUUUGGGUUUGAUGUUAUUUAAUGGCUUAAAAAUAUACUUUGACUUUGUUGGGGUAUCGAUGAGCACUGCGGAUUCCUUCUAAUGCUGGUAAAAAACUGCAAGUUGUUCCACAACCCCUCAGUGUCACUGUCUCCGUUCUCCAUCACAGUCAUAAGUUAAGAAUCGAGCUUGUAAAUAGACGCAAACAAAUGACUGGCCCUUGGUGUCA